GAAAUAUUAUAUAAAAAUGCUAAAUUCCAGCUAGGGGAUAUCUGAAUAGAAAGUAAGAAGAAUUACAAACUACAUUCCACUCUACUCAAGACAAUCCGCAAUGUUACUUUACAUACGUUUCUAUCUGGGCCUCUCUCUGGUGUUUUUCUCACUAUUCGCCAUAAAUGAAUUAACGAUGGAAAUGACACUUCAAGGAAACACUUAUAGUACAGCGAAUCUGGCAUGGGAAAUGUUAGGAACAGGUGUAUGUGCUUUGACCGCCGUAUUAUCCAAGAGGUUAUUGGAUGGCUCUGCGAAAGAGUGCGGCCCUAUUUAUGGUGUCCAGAUGGGUGUUGCUUACAAGGUGUUUUACACAGGAACAGAGUGUGCUAUGGAAGAAAUGAAGCUAACGCAUAGUAGCUUGCAGAGACUGUUGAACAAAGUCUAUCUUCCGAUUGGGUGGGGAGACUCUGUGAGGAAAUAUGACGCCAUGUGUUAUGCUAUAAACAAAUACCCUACUUAUAGCGUGUACGCUGUGAUUGGCAUGGACCAGGGAGCAGUGAUGAGGCUCGAGUGUGAGAAGGUGAUUAUUUAAAUGUUUCAAUCGUGAUAUUAAACGGAAGAAUGAGUACAAACAUGAGCCAUAUCUGGAUUAUAAAUCUCAAUUGGAGAAAAACGAUCUCAACGAACAUUAUGGCAGAAGAUUUAACCUUAGCUUUCUACGGCAAAGACCUCACUUUUAUCAGAU